AUGGAAGUUGCGGUGAAGUCAGUGGAGAAUGUGAAACCAUCAUGUCCAUCACAGCUGAAGCCAUUCAAGCUCUGCCUUCUCGACCAGAUGAUGGGCAGAGGUUACAUUGGGCUCGUCCUCUUCUACCCGCCGACGCCGGCCGACGGCGAAAAGGAGACGGUGGAAGCUGGCGGCGGUGAUCAGAAAGUGGAGAAGCUCAAAGCCUCGCUGUCCAAAACCCUAAACUCCUUCUACCCGCUGGCCGGGAGGGUGAAGGACAACGCGCGGGUCGAGGAUUUCGAAGCUGGCGUCCCAUUCGUUGAGUCUCGAGUGAAGGGAUACGACACCGUUUCAGAGUUUCUCAAAUCUCCAAACUUAGAACUCCUCAACAAGUUCCUCCCCGUGGAGCCUUUCUGCCUUCCCAACCCACACCACGUGCCACUCCCCCCGCCGUUGCUCGUCCAAGUCAACACGUUUGACUGCGGCGGGGUUGCCGUCGGCCUGUGCUUGAACCACAAGCUCGCUGACGGUGUCGCUACCAGCUCCUUUCUCAGGAGCUGGUCAGCACACUGCAACCACAACAAAGACACGAAUCAUGAUAAUGAUUCGAUAAUAACAUCUCAAGGUUCUUCAGUUUUCCCUCCUCGAGAAUCGAUGCCUCCUCACGUGGAGCGACUGCACGACAAGAUGUUUCUCGAGGAGGGGAAAAAUACUGCCACGAGGAGAUUCGUGUUCGAUGCGAACGCGGUAGCCUCAAUCAAAGCAGAUGCCAGAACCAGUUGCCAGGUUCUCGAGAAUCCAUCUCGAACCGAAGCGAUGCUAGCCUUCAUAUGGAAAUCCAUCAUGACAGCAGCGAUUUCGACCAGCCCUAGCCCUCCUCCCCCGCCGCAGUUUCUGUUGCAACCGGUCAAUGCGAGGCCUUGA